AUGGAUGGAAAUACGGACGUGACGGACGUGAAGGCUCAUAGAAUCCACGUCCGGAAGGUUCUUACACUAAUGCGAGAGCAUAAGUCGUUCGUAAACCUCAAGAAGCGUGUAUUCGCAGAGAACGAAAUACCACUUCUUGGAUCGAUCGCAUGUAAAAACGGCGCACGCCCUGAUCCGGACAAGAUCAAAGCGAUUAGCGACUGGACUGUGCCAGUCGACGUCAAGGAACGUCGAAAGCUCCUUGGCUUAGCGGCAUACUUGCACAUGCACUCGCGCAACUACGCCAAGAUGACCGUACAUCGCUCUCGUCUGCUAAAGAAAAACGAGAGGUGGUCAUGGAGCGCUGAGUGUCAGCACUACUUCAAAGCUAUCAAGAAAAUAUUGAUACAAUCGCCUGUUUUGGCGAUUGCCGACCAGGACAGACCAUUCCAUGUGGUCUGUGACGCCAGCGAUUUUGCGAUCGGCUGCGCGUUAAUGCAGUACGACCCAGACGGCGUUGAGCGCGUCGUCUGUUAUCAAUUGCGUCAGCUGCAAGCAGCUGAGCGUAAUUACCCGGUGCAUGACAAGGAACCCCUUGCCAUGAAAUAUGCACCGGCCAAGUUUCGGGUAUAUCUCUUAGAAGAUAGGCCCUUCAUCGUUUAUACCAACCAUGCGUCAUUAUGCACGGCCGUAAACAGUCCAUACCUCUUGCAACGAAUGGCGAGGUGGAUGUAUUUCUUCGCGGAGUACAACUUCUCCGUCUAG